GCCAGGUGAUGUGGUGUGAUGAGAAUGGUGCCGUACAAGACGCCAUGGACCUUCGCACUCUGCACGCAACCGCUUCCGAACUGAACGAGGACAACCCGACCGAUUCUCUCAGUGCCAGUGUGUGAUUUAGUGACUAGGAUAUUUUCAGCGCCAGUUUCCUCGACACGCUGCACUUGCCGCAUGAUGUCGCUUCUAAGUGUCACAGUAAAAAAGGCUCGCUACGUUGGAGCUCAAGCAUCGCAAUUCAACACAUACGUAACUUUGAAACUACAGAACGUCAAGUCAACUACUGUGACCGUAAAAGGAGCGACACCAUGCUGGGAACAGGAUUUUCUAUUCGAAACAAACGAUGUGAAUACUGGUCUGCUGAUCGAGGUGUGGAGCAAAGGAAUGAUUUGGGACCGUGCCCUCGGAUAUCACUGGAUCCCGCUCCAGACCGUUCAAUAUUCCAACGACGAAGGAAAGGGUCAGUGGCUGAGUCUGGAGGCGGAACUGGUGAUGAGAGAUGGCGAGGUCGUGGGCACCAAGAUGCCGACCGGGCAUUCCCUUCUGGUAGACUGUCGCUUCGAGUUGCCCUUCGAUCCGGAAAAUAUAGAGGCGUCCGACCUACAGCGGAAACUGGAGAUGCUGAACAACAUUAUGGACCAGGAGGCCCGGGCGGAACAGGCACGCAGACAGAUGCAGUAUUUCGGCCAUUCGGGGUACUCGGAGGACAGCGACUACACGUCCGACCUGAACUACCCUGUGGGUCAACACCCCAACUCGUCUGCAUCCCAAUUUCGCACUGCUGCCCACCAGAUCCAUACGCCACAACGGUCGUUGGAAACGUCGCGCGAGAAUUCGUACGAACGCGACGAUGCUGGCCCGCAUCACCACCAUCACCAGCUGACCGCCCAGACCCACACUAAUCAGCACCACCUCAGUCCCGGCACGCACAGGCACCGCCACCAUCAGCGAUACUCUCCGAACACGGAUGAAUACGGCAAUUACGAUAAUACGCAAACGGGGCAAAAUUCCAGGAUGCAAUAUCAAGAUAGCACCGGGGACUCGGAGCCUCUAUUCUAUAAUAGCAGGCCGCGUACUAGGCCAGAUUAUUCCAGCAGGCGCAGAAAAUAUGCAUCUGAAACGAGUGAAAGGUAA